AGCAGCCGCGGAUGUGGGUGCGGCUGUGACACAUAGGGAAAUAAACCUCUGAUGUUGCUUUUGCUUUGACCGCCAGUGCAGAUGCGGUACUGGACCAAGUAAAGUCUGUUCAACAUGAGUUUCCAUUACGGCCAGGGCUAUCCAGGAGGGACUCACCCCCCUCCAGGGUCACACGGUUCACACUACGGAGCUGGAAGCGCUGGUCCUGCAGCCUCUCCUUAUGGAGGAGCAGGAGGGGCGCCUUACGCCGGAUAUGGAGCCCCCGCCCAGGGGGUCCCUUAUGGACAAGGGCCGCGCGGUCCCAGUGCACCGUACGCAGGAGGGCACCCCCAGGCGGGACACCCGCAGGGAGGGCACCCCCAAGGAGGGCACCCCCAGGCUGGGCACCCCCAUGCUGGGCACCCCCAAGCUGGGCACCCCCAGGGUGGGCCAUACGGAGGCUAUGGUGCUCAGCCCCAAGGAGGAUCCUACGGCCACCAGGGACCCGCAGGCAACGUCCCCCCUGGGGUGAGUCCCGAGGCCUUCCAGUGGUUCCAGACCGUGGACACGGACCACAGCGGCUCCAUCACCCUGAAGGAGCUGAAACAGGCGCUGGUCAACUCCAACUGGUCCGCCUUCAGCGACGAGACCUGCCUGAUGAUGAUCAACAUGUUUGACAGGACACGGACGGGGCGCAUUGACGUGUUUGGCUUCUCUUCUCUGUGGGGCUUCAUGCAGCAGUGGAGGGCUCUCUUCCAGCAGUACGACCGAGACCGCUCUGGGACAAUCAAUGGCACCGAACUGCACCAAGCACUCGGCCAGAUGGGCUACAACCUGAGUCCCCAGUUCACAGAGACCCUGGUGGGUCGCUACGCUGUGAGGGGCGGCCGGCCGGGCGUCCAGCUGGACCGCUUCAUCCAGGUGUGCACACAGCUGCAGAGCAUGACCCAGGCCUUCAGGGAGAGGGACCAAGCAAUGACCGGCAAUGUCCGCCUCAGCUACGAGGACUUCCUCUCCGGGACCGUCCAAAGGCUCAUGUGAAAACCCCCCUCCUGGGGAUCCACAUGCAGUAGGCUCGGUUACCUUUUGCUGUAGUAUUGCCUCUAUGCCGGUCCACAUUACCAUGGCUGUGUUGCCUGGGUAAUGUGGAGUUGAAGUGAGUAUUGAUUGAUUUCACAUUUGAGAAGACCAAAGCCCUUUCAGCAUACGUUUUCAUUACGCAAAGUGACUUUAUGAAAACUAUGGAAAGAGAUUGCGUUUUUUUAUCUAAAUGAAAAUGGCUGGCUGGAUCAGAGUUUCACUUUGUGUAAGUGUGUGCAAGCUCAUAUUUUAAAGAAACAAUUGCUCAGGUUUCACAAUUGUUGAGGAAGAGGGCCUUUAGUUAUUGAUGAAACUGCGUUAGAACUUUCCUUCUUAUUAAUUCCCUUGUUUAGUUUGAUUAUUAAUGACAGAGCACUUCUGAAGGGCACAUCUUAUAACCAAGAGCCCCUCUGAUGUUGCUGAUGAUAAGGCGUUAGAUGUUAAAGCUAUUACUAUAAAUUGAUCUAUAGAUCUGAAUUAUUCACAUUUCCUUCAGGGCUCAAGCAGUGCAAUAUAGCUCGACUCAUCCAAGAAGGGAGGACUUGAAUGAAGAAUAUUAUAUAUAUAUUCUCGGAUAGACCUUCUUGCAGUGAUAAACAUCAUGAAAUGGAGUGUAUUUGUGAUGGGGGAUUUUUGCCAGUUCAAACAGAAUAUUAGCUCAAGCUAAAACAAAGCAUAUUUUUGCCUUGACCUUGUUGAAUAGUAUGAUAGUAGAAUAUGAACGCGGCGAAAAAGAUUCACCAUGUAUGAUUAAUUAUAAUGGCGUUUUCUUUUUACACAUCUGAAAUUGUACCAAAUCAGAUGAUUUUUUUUAUACUAUACUGAUGCCAAUCCUUCAACAGAACAACAUUGACACUUUUGGUACACCAGGGAUGACAGCAAUAAGACCCAACAGUCGUCUCCUUCUGUGACAUAUCUGUGAGGUUUCCAUAGUACCUUGAUAAUACUUUUUGAACCUAUGUAAAUGUGCCGGUCUCUCCAUCUUGCUGCUAAAGAGCAUUUUCUUCCUGAUCGAAAAUACAUGUGCAUACAAGAGACGCUUAUUUUGCCAAUAUUGUUUCUGCGGGACCAUUAGUAUAUCAUCUAUCUUAGAUGUCUUCCAAUGUUAUAUACCUACCUUUGUGCCAUUACGAGUGUUUUUUUAAGACGGUCAAUUAAAUAAAUGUAAAAGAUUACUUAAUUGUAUGGUUUUGAUGCUAA